GAGUCAGAGAAGGCGAGGCGAGUCAAGAGACAAAAACCUCGAUCGCACAAGCGACGGGCGCGGUGGAUUAUGGAUUAGAGAUUAUAAGGCCGGCAUCGCCCUGGAGGAACAAGGAGACACGACACGACACGACACAAGUGGAUGCCGAGUAGAUGCAAACAGACAAGACAGCAAGCGAAGCAAAAGCGUAGGUGGACAGCGUAUGUGGACAGCACAAGCAACAACAAGCGCGGCGAAUGCGGACGGUCGCGGGCUGGGCUGGGCUGGGCGUCCUGUUUUAAGAAUGCACCUGCACCUCCGAAUAGACAGACAGGUAGGCCACGGUCAGGGAUCGAGAGGCCGAACGAGGGACCGGGAUGGUCGGGACGAGGGCGAGGGCGCGGGCGCGAUGUGGAGAGGGGCUGGAAAGGCGAGGGAAAAGAAACAAGCAGCAAGAAAAACAAAGAGAUGCAAUGAUGCUAGCAGACGAAACGAGACACGCAGAGGAGGUGGCGAAUAUGCAGAGAAUGAGGAGAAAGAGGAGAAGAAAAGAGGGGGGGUUUCGGGAGAGAGAGGAUGAAUGUGAAGAAGAGGAGGAGGUGGUGGUGAGCGAGGAGAAGAGUGGUGUGGGUGUAAAGGGACCCGGCUCUACUUACACAAGGUCCGCUGCGCUACUGCGUAUGUACCAAGGCGCGCUACAAUCCCGGUCAACCGUCCAGCCCAGAACGGCUGGAGCUGGUGCUGGAGCUACCACCAGACCAGGGGGCCCUUGGGGGAAGCGUCCUGGUGGCGUCAGUGCCAUGGCCGCCCAUGACGAUUGCCGGUUGGCGAUGGACGGUGCCCUGAAAGCCUGGAUUCCUGGGCCUUUGGGGGGCGUACGCAGGGAGAGCAUGACUUGCGAGACACAAGCACGGCGAGAUGGGCGACAAGUCAACCACGGUGACACGAGACCGAGAGGCUCAGGGUCAGUCUAUCUGUCAGUCAGAGGUCAAGAGGAGGCACAAGAGACAGCCGCCAUGCACAGACUCGCCAGACGCCGCAACCAGCCCGCCCGUUAUCCCUCUGACCCGCCGCCGCUCCGGGGGGCUAAUGGGUUUAUCUGGAGUAUCGCCAGGGGGCCGCUCUGCCCAUCACCGGCCGUGAAUGGACGAGCCCACCGCAUGUUCAUCUCUCGCGCAGGGGUGCGCCGCCCGCCGCUCGUGCUUCGAGCUGGCUCGGGCUGGUCGCUAGCUGCUUGCGGCCAUGAGAGUCGAGGCCCCUUGGGUGGUCGACUGGGGGCCCCCUUGGCCUGGGAGUCCCUGGAGCGCCCUUGUCAUGAUGGUGGAUGGAGCGAGUUUACGCACGGGGUACUACUGGAGCAGACAAAUGCCCGCUCGACUGUGCCUUUCAUCGUACCUGGCAUGGCCGAUCGCCAGCUAGCAAGCGUCUGGGCAUACAUCCUACGAAGUACCUCCAUCACCAACCAUCACCACUCCAGCCGGCCCCCAGAGAGGCCCUCGUCUGCUCCCACCACGAGGCCAAGGCCGCUCCACAGUGACGCUCCAGCGGGGAUAACGCAAUGGGGAAGCUCACAAGCCCUUGGGCUCCCCCUGCAGCUCAACCCCUGGCACCAUGCCCGCGGCCCACCCGUGCUAAACCCAAUGCCAUUCACCUACUCGCCGCUCCGUCGACGAGAAGCAGCGAGCAGCCGAAAGGGACGAUCGGGCUUCAUGGCUAGCGGGCUGGCCAAUCCCUGUCUCAGCGACAUCCCGGCCUCGCGCAGGCCAUUGGCGGCCAGGUCUCUCGUCCAUGGCUCCCACUGGAAACCCACGCAGCUUAUCCAAUGUAUCGAUGAGCGAUCCAGUCAUGGCCUUUGAUACGUGUAGAUGGGCUGGGCGAGAACGCCACCAUGCGAAGUGCUGACGGCUCAUAUCCAACCAUCAAAUUUGCGUCCAAAGUCCCGUUGUCAGAUUUCCCAGAGCAUGGCGCGACACUACGGUAUCCUCAACGCCCGUAAAACCCGCAAGCUCAUCCUCCGGGCUUCCAGGGCUUCCAGGGCUCCGCCUUUUAUGGUUCUGGUAUUUUGGUACGUGAUGCUGUCGUAUCGCGACCCCAAUUCGGAUCCCGCAGUGCCCGGGCCAGCUUGAGGCCGUCGGUUGCUUUGAUCGGCUCAAUGCGACGGUGCGGUGGCCCCCUUUGCCAUCCGCCCUGGCCGCUGGCCUGAGGUGAGACGAGACGACAUGGGAUGAUCAGAUCAGGGUCCCGAUUCACUCGAGUCUGCCGCAAAUGCGACCUGUAACUAGCAUAUCACGGGUGGUUCAUCGUGCCUGUCGGCAUGUACGACAGACAGACGC